AUGGCUUCAGCAACAGUUUCUUUAUGUAUUUUAUUUAUGAUUAUUACACAAAUAGUCGGAGAAGAUAUACAAUCGAUGAUAAUGUCGUUAAUGCCUGGUUCCACGUUUGAAUGUGCGAAUACAACGUGCUUACCAUUUGAUAAUGUUACUACAUCAAACAUUAGGAGUUGUCAAUUAGCUUGUUUGACUCAAAGUCAAUGUACAGCAGCAACUUUUUAUGAGUCGACUUUUAAUUGUGAAUUAUUUGAUAAUACAGUGAACCAAAACGGAAAUAUGUUAGCUGAUGUGGAUGCUACUAGUAUGGAUGCCAUUAGUGGAACACGAUUUUCAUCGGCAUGCUCUACUAUUCCGUAUGCAGAGGGAUGUGCUUGCAGUACGAACACUGAUUGUGCGAGCAAUAACUGUGCUAUGAGUACGUGUGCAGACUCGUGCUUUUCUGGAGAUGAUAAUGUUACAUUGGCUGAUGGAAGCCUAAGAGCUAUACGUGAUCUUCAGGUUGGCGACUUAGUUUGGACAAUAUCCGAUGAUACGAAGACGUUGGUUUUAUCUGAAGUUUUUGUUAUGCCACACAAUGUACGAAACAGAAUAGUUCAUUUCUACACGGUGGAAACAGUUACUGGUCAUCGUUUUAGCCUUACUAGUACACACUAUGUUCGUGUUCCAUAUUUUGAAUACUUAUCAGCUUCUCAGUUGACAUUGAAUCAUAGUUUGUAUGUAAUCGAUAAAACGACUGGUAAUAUUAGAGAAGCUCGUAUUCGAAGUAUUAAAAUUGAAAAAAAGCAAGGCGCUUUCAAUCCAUUAACAUUACAUGGGACACUUCUGGUCAAUGGAAUUUUUGCUUCAUCAUAUACAAGAGCAUUUGGUUGGUCACAUGAAACUUUCCAAAAUAUGGCCACACCAUUUCGAUUAUUGUAUUAUCUAACCAAAUAUCUAGGUAUUCAUCAAGUUAUUUGGGCAAACAAUGAUGAAUAUGUUUGGGCUGCUAAACCAUUUCUUUAUCUUGAUAAUUUAAACUACUAUAUCCCAUUCACAUCAAUGAUUAUUUGUAUUUUCGUCAUGUUUCAUUUAAUAUACGUUAUCUACAAUUUUAUAAUGAGGAAAUGUAACCAAUUAACAAACUUAAUGAACUGGAAAAAGUUUUAA